GGUGUGGCGGAGGCUGUGGGGCAGUAGCAGUGGGAGCUUUUGUCUUUUGUCAUUUUCUUGCAUCCCCUGUCCAGGCCUAACCAUGGCUGUCCGACAAACUUCCCGCCCUUGGGCUUGUUCCGCAGAGAAUCUGUUCUCAUUUCUCACCCUCCAUUCUUUGUCAAGAGCACACCUCUUGUUCCCGAGUCCUCCCUGUCAUCAGACAGGCUUCAGAUGCAGCGCCUGAGCUGCCACGGUGACCCGCUGUGGUGGUCACAGAUCAGACAAGUCCACAGGCUGUGGUGCUGCUUCGGGGGGACUCCCGUGUGUUCACCUGUGCUUGUCAGUUACUGUCACUCUGGGUUAGACCUGCUUUGGGAAAGCAUUAAGAACAUUAUUAAGGUAUUCUGAAACAUUAUACCAGCCAUCAUUUUUAAACAGCCAAAUAUUGAAGGAACUUAGAAAAGAGUCCACCUAGAGCAGGGCCAGUGAACUUUGAAGAUAUUUUAGGCUUUGGUCUCCAUCGCAGCUGCUCAAGUCUGCCUUCCGUAGCAGAGCAGCUGCCAAAAAUACAGUUUAGCACACAGUUGUGGGUCCUGUUCAAACUUUAUGUACAAAACCAGCUGUGGGCUAUAGUCUACUGCCAGUCUUUAUUUUAACUGUCAACCUUAUUUUUCUCUUAUUCAAGAGUUAAAACAGCAAGGGAACUUGAUAAUUGUAAAUGAAUUUAAAUUCUCUUCUUUUGGGUUUAGUUUAAUUGUGAGUACAAUGACGAUCGGGGGGUGUAAUUUCCAGACCCCUGUUGAGAACAAUAGAGAUCAGAGGGCUUUUUAGGAGGUGAAUCUAGUUGGCCAAAGCUUAUCAUUCUUUAAAAAGUAGGACAGGCUUGGCUGAGUGCUGUCCUGUGGCUUUUCUGUGUCACUAAUUCUCUCAAUGGUUACAUGCAUAGGCCACAGGCAUGUGGUGGUCUCACCAUCCUGGACGCUAUUCUAUUUUCUAGUACUGGGUGCUUCUGUAAUAGCUGCAAGUGGGAAAAAAACCUGUAAAAAAAAACAAACACCCUCCUGUUUAAUAUGUUAACCUCACUGUAGUUCAUUUCCAGAAAACUGAAACUGAAGCUAAUCAAGGAGGCUAAAAUGUCAAGCUACAAUCUGUUUUCUUCUGUUCUCACAGGAAAUAAAGAAAGACAUGAAGAAAGACCCUCUCUCUAACAGAGCUCCAGAAAAGCCCAUGCACGAAGGGGCCAGUGGCAACUCUUUGCUGUCUUCUGAAGCCAUUUUAAGAACCAACAAGAGAGGCGAACGACGGAGACGGCGGUGUCAGGUGGCAUUCAGCUACCUGCCCCAGAAUGACGAUGAGCUGGAGCUGAAAGUUGGCGACAUCAUAGAGGUGGUAGGCGAGGUGGAGGAAGGAUGGUGGGAAGGUGUUCUCAAUGGGAAGACUGGAAUGUUUCCUUCCAACUUCAUCAAAGAGCUGUCGGGAGAGUCGGAUGAGCUUGGUCUCUCCCAGGAUGAGCAGCUGUCCAAGUCAAGGCCUGAAGGUCUCCCUCCAGCUUCUCUGCUGCCCUUUCCAGCUCAUGGAGCCAAAGGAAAGACUACCUUUGAAGGGACAAUUCUGUACCGAGCUGCACCGGGAAAGACGGAGGGCCACAGACGCUAUUACAGUCUAAGGGAAACCACAGGCUCCGAGAGCGACGGGGGUGACUCGAGCAGCACCAAGUCAGAAGGUGCCAAUGGCACGGUAGCGACUGCAGCUAUCCAGCCCAAGAAAGUUAAAGGAGUGGGCUUUGGAGAUAUUUUCAAAGACAAGCCAAUCAAACUGAGGCCGAGAUCAAUUGAAGUAGAAAAUGACUUUCUGCCAGUGGAAAAGACUAUCGGGAAGAAGUUACCUCCAACUACAGCAACUCUGGACUCAACAAAAACUGAAAUGGACAGCAGGACUAAGACCAAGGAUUACUGCAAAGUAAUAUUUCCGUAUGAGGCGCAGAACGAUGAUGAAUUGACAAUCAAGGAAGGGGACAUCGUGACUCUGAUCAACAAGGACUGCAUCGAUGUAGGCUGGUGGGAAGGAGAGCUCAACGGCAGAAGAGGAGUGUUCCCAGAUAACUUUGUAAAGCUACUUCCACCGGACUUCGACAAGGAGGGGAAUAGACCCAAGAAGCCGCCUCCUCCAUCCGCUCCUGUCAUCAAACCAGGGGCAGGUACCACUGAGAGAAAACAUGAAAUUAAAAAGAUUCCUCCUGAAAGACCAGAAACACUUCCAAACAGAACAGAAGACAAAGAAAGACCAGAGAGAGAACCAAAACUGGACCUCCAGAAGCCCUCUGUCCCUGCCAUCCCACCGAAGAAGCCUCGGCCGCCCAAGACCAGUUCUCUGAGCAGACCUGGCGCGCUGCCCCCGAGGAGGCCCGAGCGACCACUGGGCCCAUUGACACACACAAGGGGUGACGGGCCAAAGAUUGAUCUGGUGGGCAGUGCACUCUCGGGCAUCCUGGACAAGGACCUCUCGGAUCGUGGCAAUGACAUUGACCUAGAAGGUUUUGACUCCGUGGUGUCAUCUACUGAGAAACUCAGCCACCCAACCACGAGCAGACCAAAAGCUACAGGGAGGCGGCCUCCAUCCCAGUCGCUCACAUCUUCUUCCCUUUCAAGCCCUGAUAUCUUCGACUCCCCAAGUCCCGAAGAAGAGAAAGAGGAACACAUUUCCCUUGCACACAGAGGAGUGGACGCGUCAAAGAAAACUGCAAAGACUGUUACCAUAUCCCAAGUGUCUGACAACAAAGCAUCCCUGCCACCCAAGCCAGGGACCAUGGCAGCAGGUGGUGGAGGGCCAGUCCCUCUGUCCUCAGCGGCAGCACCCUCUGCUCUGUCGUCCUCUUUGGGUACGGCUGGACACAGAGCCAACUCCCCAUCGCUGUUUGGCAUGGAAGGAAAACCAAAGAUGGAGCCUGCGGCCAGCAGCCAGGCGGCCGUGGAGGAGCUGAGGACCCAGGUCCGCGAGUUGAGGAGCAUCAUCGAAACCAUGAAGGACCAGCAGAAACGGGAGAUUAAGCAGUUACUGUCGGAGCUGGAUGAAGAGAAGAAGAUCCGGCUGCGGUUGGAGAUGGAAGUGAAUGACAUAAAGAAAGCUCUUCAAUCAAAAUGAAUACUUGAUCAAUGAGAUGUCGCAUUAUUCAUCCUGAGUCAAAGACUCAAAUUUUCUGCCCCAGCCAAAAUAAUCUUGUGCCAAAAGAUUCAAGGUUUGCCUCAACAUGCCCCUGUUUCAAAGAUUAGCACAAAACUCUUGAUAGCACAGCACAAAUCCCACCCAAGAGGAGAAUCUUGCCCGUGGUGUAGUCCUGACUCGCGUUAGGUGCGACUUCAGCAGGACACAUUGUGCUAACGGCUUUUCUACUUGGAGAUCUCACGUGAAACGAAAACUCAGGCAGUUUAGUCCAUAGUGGUACUAUUUUGAUGAUAUUUUCCAUUAAUAAAAUGUAAUUUCAGAUGA